AUGUCCGACCUUAAGGGAAAGAAUGUGAUCAUCACCGGCGGUGGAAAGAACCUCGGCGCGCUCAUCGCCGAGACGCUCGCGGCGAAGGGCGCCAACGUCGCGAUCCACUACAACUCGCCCGGCUCCAAAGAUGAAACGGAGGCGACGCUGGCCAAGCUCAAGCAGGCGGGGGUAAAGGCCGUGGCGAUCCAAGCGAACAUGGAGUCGGCGGGCGCCGUGCAGAAGCUGUUCAAGGACGCGCUGGCUGGCCUCGGCGUGUCCAAGUUCGACAUCGCGAUCAACACUGUCGGCAAAGUGCUCAAGAAGCCGCUGCUGGAAAUCAGCGAGGCCGAGUACGACUCGAUGUUCGCGAUCAACGCCAAAGCCAACUUCUUCUUCAUCCAAGAGGCGGCCAAGGCGCUGAACGACGGCGGCGCGAUCAUCAGCAUCGUCACGUCCCUCCUCGGCGCCUUCACGGGUUUCUACAGCACGUACCAGGGCUCCAAGGCGCCCGUGGAGUGGUUCACCAAGGCGGCGGCGAAGGAACUUAUGCCGCGCGGGAUCCGCGUGAAUGCCAUCGCACCGGGGCCCAUGGACACGCCCUUUUUCUACCCCCAAGAGGAGGACGCGGCGGUCGAGUAUCACAAGUCGCAGGCGCUCGAAGGCCGCCUGACGGACAUCAAGGACAUUGCCAAGCUCGUCGCGUUCAUGGCUGAGGAUCGGUGGAUCAACGGGCAGGUCAUCUUCUGUGAGUGA